AUGUGUAAUGUGUUUUAUAUGAUUGUGUGUCUCUGGAAUGAGAAUUCAGGGUUCAGACGGAUUGUGGAGAAGUUAGAGAUAAGUCCUGUUUGUCAGAGGCUUCCUCUUCGUUCCUUCCUCGUCCUUCCCUUCCAGAGGAUCACAAGACUUAAGCUGCUAGUCCAGAACAUUGUGAAGAGAACAACCCCUGGUACUGCGGAGGCGACUCAGGCCAUCAAAUCUUUGAAACUUCUGGAGAAGCUGAUUCAAGAGAGUAAUGACAGCAUCACUCAGAUGAAAAGCAUCGAGUCGUUGGUCUCUCUCAGCGCUAAGGUGGACUUUGUGUGCAGGACUCUACCUCUGAUUAGUCAGUCUCGGAGGUUGGUGCGGGAAGGGCUGGUCACUGAAUUGAUGGACUUCUCUCUAAAGGAUACAGAGAGGAAUAUCUAUUUGCACCUAUUCAAUGACUACUUGCUACUUUCACUACAAAAAGAAGGGGGACGGUUCACAGUAAUAGACCACUCUCCUGUGUCAGACCUGCGUGCCGAGAACUGUCGUGUCAAACUUCACUCCCUCCAGAAGAACCUGUUCCGGCUGCACAUGACACAAAAAGCCCUGCUGCUACGGACUGACACACAGAGUGAUAAGCUACGUUGGAUAUCCGCUCUUUCCCGGCCGCAUCCUGAAAUAGAUUAUUCUGCUGCACAAGAUUUUCCACAGAUGCAGUGUAUCCGAGCUAUUGUUGCCCAGCAGCCUGAUGAGCUGUCGUUGGAAAAAGCUGAUAUCAUUCUUGUGCACCAACAAAGCAGUGACAAUUGGGUAGAGGGGACGAGACUGUCCGAUCGGCAUCGUGGAUGGGUUCCCAAGUCACAUUUGGAAACCAUAACCAACUCCAGAGUCCGGCUACGCAACCUGUCAGAUGCCCUUACACUGACAACGGCCACAGCUGCUGUUUGACCAGGACGCUCAGACUAAACAAAGCGACAUCCUGGAAGCACCGUAAAGGAUAAGACUCUCAGUUGUUUGCUUCAAACUGCUGGAAGUUGGACCAUGGACAUUCAGUGUUACAAAUGGGGAUUUCUACCAUUUGAAUGGCUCACAAUCGUGCAGCAACUGAAAUGCUGUAACCUCUAAAUGUAGCAUUGGGUCUCACUUGUUUCACUCGGUGGAACAAUAUAUUGCCAUUAGAGCAAUGCGUGGACUGCUGAGGUCUAUCUUAAAGACAAUAAGGACAUUGUGGCCCUAUUAACUGUUAGCAACAGUACAUUGUGUGAUGUGAUACAUCAAAAGACUUGGGUUUUUAAGAGAAAAUGUUUUUAAAGGGAAAUCACAUUUUUCCAAGAAAUGCUGUUUGGGAAAUGUAUUAUAUCUGUAUAUUGAACAGAAGCUAACAGUAACAUGUGCGGUGCAUGUCUUUUGAAAGGUUGGCCCCUGCAUGCAGGAGAGCUAACAGAAAUUGUGCAAAAUGUACAAGAUGACAUAAACAUGUACAGAUCUUACACAGUGAGGACAUUUCAAUACAUUCAGAUUGGUGGAAUAAAAUCACUUUUGAACAUA